AAUUCGGCCUUUUAUACUACCCGCUUACCGGGCCUCUUGCAAGGAAGAUUGACAAGAACUAUUCACAAAACCUCAGUUUCAGACACCAUGGGUCUCAACGCUGGUAGUCCUCUGAGAAGGGUUGUCACCCACCACAAGGGCCAGAACUCUGCAAUCCUAUCAGAUGAAGAGCUCAAACUUACCUCUGGCUUUGGCAGCAAUGCAGUCACUAUCUGGAGAAACGACAAGUACCCAGCUGAGCUCGUUGACAAAGAUCCUGUCGGCACCGAUCCAGUAAUCUAUACGCCCGGCUCACUAAUUCGAGUCGUCGACUUUCCGCCAAAUUCCUCAGGGCACAAUCAUAGGACUGCAUCGCUUGACUAUGGAAUUGUGUUUGAGGGGGAGUUAGAGAUGGUUUUGGCUGAUGGAUCCAAGACUGUUGUUCGUGCAGGCGAUAUCAUUGUGCAACAGGCGACUUUGCAUCAGUGGAACAACUUGACAGACAAGCCGGCUCGUGUUGUGUUUGUGCUGUUGCCAUCUGAAAAGACUGUCAAUGGGGUCAAUGUGUCAGAGACUGGUGUACCUGAAAAGUAUCUCCCAAAGAUCUCAUAA